AAAGUCAUAUGGAGCGUCACGAGUGUUCUUCCCUUGCCAUCAAAAGCGAGCAGUGUCGGUAAGCGUAGGUAAGCCACCACUGUCAACUGUCGCAUGGUAUACCAUCACGAGUACGUGAGCCGCCAAUGGCGACUGGUAGAUGGUACCGCCAUCGUGAGUGCGCGAGCUCCUAUCAGAAAUUCGUUGCGCCGCCCAUGGGGGCAAAACUAUGAAAGCUAACGUACGAAACCAGAAAGCAGCACAGCAUGCGAUCCCACGAUUCUGCCCAUAUUAUGACAAAAGGGGGCAUCAUUUUAACAUUCGUCCGAAAUAUAAAGACUUCCAGUAAAGCUGCAGCAUUACCACCGGGUAGUGUCAUGUACGUUUUUGAUAGAAAAGCAAAAGUGUUGCAAAAGGAACGAGCCGCAAGGGCGCCUGACGUUGAAUUAUUUGACUACGUUAAAGAUGAAGUGGGUUAUAGGCUAGCAGACAGAGUUUUUGAUAUAAAAAGAAAAUUUAAAAAAGUCCUUGACUUAGGUUGUGGCCGUGGUCAUGUCUCGAAACAUUUAUUAAAUGAAUCCGUAGAAGAACUUAUGUUAACGGACACAUGUUCGAAGAUGUUGGAACAAGCCAAAACUACAGAUGGAAUUAAGGUUGAAAGAAGAGUCAUUGACGAAGAAGAGUUACCUUUUGAUUCUAGUACUUUUGAUAUGGUUAUUAGUUGUCUCAGUCUUCACUGGGUUAAUGAUCUUCCGGGUUGUUUUAGUAAAAUUAUGAAUAUACUAAAAAAUGAUGGGGUUUUUAUGGCAGCUAUUUUUGGUGGAGAUACAUUAUAUGAAUUAAGGAGUUCCUUACAAUUAGCAGAGUUGGAAAGGGAUGGUGGAAUUUCACCACAUAUUUCCCCUUUUACUGAAAUUAGAGAUAUUGGAAGUUUAAUGACAAGAGCUGGGUAUAACAUGUUGACCAUCGAUACCGAUGAGAUUGUCAUUGGAUUCCCUUCCAUGUUUGAGCUACUAUGGGAUGUAAAAGGAAUGGGUGAAAAUAACGCAUCAAGAAAUCGUAAGCUGCAUUUAAACAGGGACACGCUUUUAGCUGCUGCUGCCAUUUAUAGUCAAUUAUAUGGCAAAGUAAAGAAAGAUGGAUCACGUUAUAUUCCUGCAACAUUUCAAAUAAUUUAUAUGCUGGGUUGGAAACCCGACAAGUCACAACCACAGCCAUUACAACGUGGAACUGGGGAAGUAUCAUUGAAGGACUUGUAUAAACUUGAUCAAAUAAUUAAAGAAACAAAAAAAGUUCCACUUGGAGAUGAUGAUAAAUAGUAUACAUUUAUUAUUAGAGUAGUAAGGAGAUGUAUAUAAUGCAUAUAAUUAAAAAUAUAAUUUAUUUGAAGGUAUGUAUCGCUUCACCCAUAAAAAAUGUAAAUGUUUUAUUGAUACA